CGGAAUUCUUCUCUACUGUCCAUUGAGUUCCACGCCUGUUCACCGAACCAGGGACUUCUCCUUACUCUUGUCGUGUCGGUCUGUCAGGCAGAACAAUUGCCUUGCAAUCAACUCACUAUAUACGAUCCGCGAGCCUGCCUCCUGAGCCUCCGAAACCCCACGACAAAGCUUCCCAACAAAACAUCCACUAUCUUCCGGCCAAAGCCGGCGACCUCCCCUCUACGCAACCCAGCAGCAUUCGGACACACAGCCACUUCAGACCUGAAAACAAAACAUAUCUUCCAAAAUGGCAACCCGCGAUCCCGGCGAAGUUGCCGCUGACGCUCUCAACGACUUUUUCGGUCAACUCUACAGCUUCUUUGAGACCAUCUUUACCCGAUUCUUCGGAAACCUCUAUGCCUCCUUCGCCGAUGUGAGCAUCAACCGCUGGACGAAGGUCAUUCUGUCCGUGAUUGGCUACAUUCUCGUCCGGCCAUACAUCGAGCGUUUCUUCAAGUUCAUGCAUGACCGAGACCGCAAGAAGCAGCUGGAGAAGGAAAAAGCCAAGAAGGAUGGAAAGAAGGCGAAGAUGUCAGCUAAUGAGCUUCGUGGCGGCGCCGGAGCUGGUCGAGUCCUCGGAGAAGUGGAGAACACGGACGAUGAGAUUGAAGAUGGAGAGGACUUCGCGACGGCGAGCGGCGUCCCUGAGUGGGGAAAGAACGCUCGGAAGAGACAGAAGAAGUACAUGAAGAACCUGGAGAAGGAGGCUGAGAGCCGGACACACAAUCUCUCUGAGGAACAGCUUAUGGAGCUACUGGACUGGAGUGAGUCGGAGGAUGACAAGGCCGCUGGUAAGAAGGAGUAGGUCGUGUCUUUUGACCCUUUUCUUUUCUCUCCCUUGUAUUCGAUAAUAUGAUCUUGGAUGGGAAACAUAUACUU